CGUACUCAAAUUCUUCUCGCUGUCAGAUUCAAGUUUCUUCUCCUAUGCAUAAUUACCGCCAUUGGAGCACGACCUCUCACCUUCUCAUCUCGUCGUCUCCAUUUCUCAACGACCACUCUCUCUUCCUCUAGAUACUCACUUCAUCGCUCGCCAUUGCUUCUUCCCUUUCUCCUCCUCCGACUGGUUCUGUUAUUCCGUUGUUUUGCUCCUCUGUUAAGCAAAGAAUCAGAAAGAAAUCAACAAAAGGGUAGCAAGCCGAGGGUUUUUGAUUUGCAGCCGAACCAGCUGUUCCUCUUGAGGGAUUAUAGAUUGAUUGAUUUUGAUAGAGCAGUUCCAUUGACUUUGUUUUGGGCUCUUUGAGAAGCUUCCAUGGCUGACAAGUUGGUGCGAAGACAGAGUAAAUUGACCGUGUACCUUUACAUCCCCAAUAUUAUUGGUUAUAUAAGGGUUCUUAUGAACGUUGUUGCCUUUGCCAUAUGCUUCUCAAAUAAAAUAAUUUUCUCAGUCCUCUAUUUUGUCAGCUUUGUAUGCGAUGGUAUAGAUGGUUGGUGUGCGCGCAAAUUCAACCAAGUUUCCACUUUUGGGGCUGUGCUGGACAUGGUAACAGACAGGAUUAGCACUGCUUGUCUACUAGUAAUUCUCUCCCAAGUAUACAGGCCUGGUUUGCCUUUCUUGUCACUGCUUGCCUUGGAUAUUGCUAGCCACUGGCUUCAAAUGUACAGUACUUUUUUGAAAGGCAAAGCUAGUCAUAAAGACGUCAAAGACAGCACCAGUUGGCUGUUUAAGGCAUAUUACGGAAAUAGGACAUUUAUGGCUUACUGCUGUGUGUCGUGUGAGGUUCUUUACAUUAUUCUAUUUCUUCUGGCGGAGAAGCAAAAUGAAAAAUUGAUGGAUGUUAUAUUGCAUUCGAUACAACAAAAGACACUAUUAUCACUUUUGAUUGUAAUAAGUUUGUUCGGAUGGGCAGUGAAGCAAGCUGUUAAUGUCAUACAGAUGAAGACUGCGGCAGAUGUAUGUGUGCUUCACGAUAUCAACAAAAAGAAACAGAAGCCAUGAUGAGAUCCUUUGUAACAUUUGUUUCAGUAAAGCAUUCCUGUCUUACUCACAUGUCAAAUAUUUUGUAGUUUACUUUUUUCUAUUUUGAAAAGUAUUGAUGCAGCUGUUCUCUUUUUAUGUCAUCUACAAACUAUUUGCCUUUUGCUGUUUGGAAAUUGUUCCCUCGUUACUAACAUAUAGAAACUGUUAAAGGUAGCAAAACUUUACCUUUUUAGUAAUUUUUUGGACUGA